CAAGUAAGCAGAACUGUCAAAAUCGGCAAAACCAAAGUAGCGGUACCAAUGCCGGCGCCACCUUUGUUCGCUGCCCCAUGCUGAACUAUUGUGAAUGUUAAAUUGAAACAGCUGUUUUUCGGUGCCGCGGGAAUUUCGAUUUGUUUAUUUGAUCUAAAAUUUAGAUUCUAAAUUAAAAGCUGCAUUUUAAUUUUUAAAAAUACCUGUUUUCUGGAAGUGGUACCAUGUCUACUUGCCAAAUAAAGGAAAUAACUGGCGAUUUAUUUAGUGCUGAUGAGAAAUAUUGCAUGGCGCAUUGUGUAGCAGCCGAUAUGCGACUUGGUAAAGGUAUCGCUGUUAAAUUUAGAAACAAGUUUGGACAAAUACCUAAGCUAAAGCAACAGAAUGUAAAGCCUGGUGGUGUGGCUAUUUUACAAGACAAGUCGCGCUUCAUCUAUUACUUGGUCACCAAGCAAAGUAGCUGGGGCAAACCAACAUAUCAAACACUGCACGAUUCAUUAGAUGCCAUGAAAAGACAUAUGCUUGAACAUGGUGUAAACAAUUUGGCUAUACCGCGCAUUGGCUGCGGUUUGGAUGGUUUGGUUUGGCCAAAAGUCAAGGACUUGUUGAAGGAAGUUUUCAAAGAAGUUUCAAUUGAAAUAGUUGUUUAUAACUACGUGCCAUAAAUACUCGCAUAUAGUCAACGCAUAGCGCACCGAAAUAUGUCAACUUCCCAGCAACGCAAUCUAGUCGCGGUCGCGGAGUCC